AUGUGUUCUCUGUUUCUUGGGUCAAAGAAGACUCAAAACAUUCAAAACACAUGGAAGAGAGAUGAGUUCAUAACUUCAUAUCAGCAUAACACUUCCUCUGAGCUCUAUAUUACUUCUUCUUUGUCUGAGGAAGGAUUUAAGGGUCUUCUUCGUACAACAUUCCAGCUGGGAACAUCGAGGCCCUUGUACGACAAUCGCACAUAUAUGGAUCUAGCUCCCAACCUUCCUAUCAACGACACUUUACCUCAUGCCAAAAAAGAGGGGGAGGAUGAGCUUGAUCAUCCUCGUCAGAGUUCGACAAGGGCAUUGCAUAAAUGCAUUUCCUCUCUCAUCACCAUGCUAACCGUAUUUGUCCCACUUAAGCACGCAGCUGGAGUUGCGUCUCUUCUAUUUAUUGCUGCUUUAUUGGUUUACUUCGGGUCUUUGGGUAUCAAGAUAGUCCUCCAAGCCCAAGCUCAUGAGGAUCAUUACAUUCCAGAUUUGGCUGAGUUCAUGGAUAAGAUUAGCCUCUCGUCUGGAACUCUCGCCUUGAGUUUAGAAUUGCUGAUCGUUGUUCCAGCUUUUGGGUGGUUCGCGAUCAUCGUCUGGAGCCUUUGUUUUGUGAUUGCUGUAAUCAAGUCGUACCAUCAAAGUGCUGUUGUUUUGAAAAGCUUGGGUCAGUGUGCAGUUGAUGAACUUCUUCAUGCCUUUGACAAAUUCAAAGAGCUCUUCCACUCGACCGAGGAAGCCGAGCAGCAGACUGCACUACCUAUAUAA